AUGUUCUCUGUCUUCCUGUUUAUCACAGUAUCACUCGCAGCUUAUCCAGUCGACUUACAGUACCCAGUCCCAUUCUGGCAUGUUUUUGUUGGUAUUGACACGCAUUUUGGCACUUCUUUUAAUUACGAAGUCGAUGUUCCAAACAACAUAGGCAACAAGUGUUACACAAUCACAACUGGUGUCUCUGUCAAAAUUGAAAAUACUCGGUUGAGCAUUUUUGACAAUUCAAAUUGUAAUGGGUACAGAAAAACAUACAUGGAUGCAAAUAAGUAUUACAAACAGUGUGGCAUUUGCAACGGGUUUGGAAUAGCUGGUAGUUCAUAUCUCGCAUACAUGGUGAUUCCCCUUGACAAUCCAAUCAUGGGAAAAUACGUAGUUGAUACUACUGAAGCCAAUUGCCCAGCUGGCAAUUACAUUCCAUCUUACAUUCUCUCAACACAAAAAGAACUUAGCUUCAGUUACAUCUUGGGUGGUGUUAACGAUGUUUACAACUUUGGGUUCAGAAUCAAUCAAACUGACAAAAACCACAUUACAGGUGAGUGGCUAGACAAACUUCCAACAGACUCAACAGCUAAAGUGUUGUUCUCAAAAGAAAACAAAAAAUGCACACUUGUUAAAAAUCACUGGGUUAAAAUCGAGUUGGACACUUAUGAUGUUGACAACUGUGAAAUUGUCACAAAACCUGGUCAAUGCUACAAAACAAGAGCCGCAGUCGAUCCUGUUGAACCUUCUAAGCCAGUCGAACCAUCACAACCAGAAACACCAGAAAAACCAUUAGAGCCAGAAAAGCCAGUGGAACCUUCAAAACCAAUAGAUCCAUUAGUGACUUCCACAUAA